CCCAACCCGCGCCGGAGCGCGGGGCCCGCCUUCCUGCAGCCUCUUCCGCUCGGCUGCGGCGCCUGGGAAGGUUGCGGUGGGUCUGGGCGCUGGGAAGUCGUCCAAGAUGCUUAAAAAAUUCGACAAGAAGGACGAGGAGUCUGGUAGUGGCUCCAAUCCUUUUCGGCAUCUGGAGAAGAGCACUGUCUUACAGGAGGCUCGACUAUUCAAUGAAACACCCAUCAACCCAAGAAGAUGUCUGCAUAUUCUUACAAAGAUUAUCUACUUACUGAACCAGGGGGAACACUUUGGAACUAUAGAAGCCACAGAAGCCUUCUUUGCCAUGACUCGAUUGUUUCAAUCUAACGAUCAAAUAUUGCGAAGAAUGUGCUACCUUACCAUCAAAGAAAUGGCUAACAUCUCUGAGGAUGUCAUCAUUGUCACAAGCAGUCUCACCAAGGACAUGACAGGAAAGGAAGAUGUGUACCGAGGCCCAGCCAUCAGGGCUCUCUGCCGAAUCACUGAUGGAACAUUGCUGCAGGCCAUUGAAAGAUACAUGAAGCAGGCCAUUGUGGAUAGAGUCCCCAGUGUAUCCAGCUCAGCAUUGGUAUCUUCCUUACACCUGAUGAAGAUAAGCAAUGAUGUAGUUAAGCGCUGGGUCAAUGAGGCCCAAGAAGCUGCUACAAGUGAUAAUAUUAUGGUCCAGUACCAUGCAUUGGGAGUCCUGUAUCACCUUAAAAAGAAUGAUCGCCUUGCUGUUUCUAAGAUGUUAAGUAAAUUUACAAAAUCCGGUCUCAAAUCACAAUUUGCUUACUGCAUGCUGAUCCGAAUUGCCAGUCGCUUACUAAGAGAAAAUGAAGAGGGCCAUGAAGGUCCAGUCUUUGAUUUCAUUGAGAGCUGCUUGCGAAAUAAACAUGAAAUGGUUAUUUAUGAAGCUGCUUCAGCUAUCAUUCAUCUUCCUAACUGUACUGCAAGGGAGCUGGCACCUGCUGUUUCAGUUCUUCAGUUGUUCUGUAGCUCUCCAAAGCCAGCUUUGAGAUAUGCAGCUGUGAGGACCUUGAACAAGGUGGCAAUGAAGCACCCCUCUGCUGUGACUGCCUGCAAUCUAGACUUAGAAAACUUGAUCACAGAUUCAAAUAGAAGCAUUGCUACCCUGGCCAUUACUACACUCCUCAAAACAGGAUGUGAGAGCAGUGUAGACCGACUCAUGAAGCAGAUAUCUUCUUUUGUAUCUGAAAUCUCAGAUGAGUUCAAGGUGGUGGUUGUACAGGCAAUUAGUGCUCUCUGUCAGAAAUACCCGCGAAAGCACAGCGUCAUGAUGACUUUCCUCUCCAACAUGCUCCGAGAUGAUGGAGGCUUUGAUUAUAAACGGGCCAUCGUGGACUGCAUCAUCAGCAUUGUGGAAGAGAACCCUGAGGCUAAAGAAGCAGGUCUGGCCCACCUCUGUGAAUUCAUUGAGGACUGUGAGCACACUGUUCUGGCUACAAAGAUUCUACACUUGCUGGGCAAUGAGGGCCCCAGAACGCCUGCUCCCUCCAAGUACAUCCGCUUUAUUUUCAAUAGGGUCGUACUGGAAAAUGAGGCCGUUAGAGCUGCUGCUGUGAGUGCUUUGGCUAAAUUUGGGGCUCAGAAUGAGAACCUCCUCCCAAGCAUCCUUGUACUCUUACAAAGAUGUAUGAUGGAUACUGAUGAUGAGGUACGAGACAGAGCUACUUUCUAUCUGAAUGUACUACAGCAGAAGCAGAUGGCAUUGAAUGCUACAUAUAUCUUCAAUGGUCUGACAGUGUCUAUACCAGGGAUGGAAAAAGCUUUACAUCAGUAUACAUUGGAGCCUUCAGAAAAGCCCUUCGACAUGAAAUCUAUUCCUCCUGCCAAUGCUCCUGCCUUUGAACAGAAAGCAGAAAUCACACUUGUGGCUACUAAGUCAGAGAAGUUGGCUCCUUCCUGGCAAGACAUUUUCCAAGAACAAUUGGCUGCUAUCCCUGAGUUUAUGAAUCUGGGACCCUUGUUCAAAUCUUCUGAGCCUGUUCAGCUUACAGAAGCAGAGACCGAAUACUUUGUUCGUUGUGUCAAGCACACGUUUACCAAUCACUUUGUGUUCCAGUUUGAUUGUACCAACACUCUUAAUGACCAGCUACUGGAGAAAGUGACAGUGCAGGUGGAACCAUCAGAUUCCUAUGAAGUGCUGUGUUGUAUCCCAGUCCCCAGCCUCACUUAUAAUCAACCAGGAAUAUGUUACACUCUUGUUCGUUUGCCUGAUGAUGACUCUUCAGCAGCCAUGGGGUCUCUCCCGGAUAAUCUCCAGUCCCAGCUGGGCCUUGCUUCUGCUCUACGGCCCUCCACGUGCUCUGUGACCGCAUCGGUCCGCCCUAAAUUCCCCGUUGGUCACUCGUGUCUCCCUCAGCCUUUCUCCUCAAGAGGCCUCAGUUGCAGGAACAAAGCUUGGUGCUCCUCUCCCUACUCACUCCAGGUGAAUCCCGGGGUGCCACCCCCUAUCCUCCCAGGACAUUUCUUGGCUACAUCCAUUGGCUCGCUGUCUGCCUGGUCCAGGGUCCUCUGACCCCAUUCUGACAUUCUUGACUCUCAUGCCUCCAUCUCUACCACUCAGGAGCCCCUCUGCUCAUGCUUCACCUCUCUGCCCAGGUCUCCUCUCUGCCACUUCCACGCAGUGAUUCUCACCCGAGGGUGCAUGACCCCCCAAGGCGGCCUAUCAGCAACAUCUUUGGGUAUUCUUUUUUUUUAGAAUUUUUUUUUUUUUUUUUUUGUGGGUUUGUGGUUUAGAGCAGUGUGCUGCUCCCACUUCGGAUGUUGUGAUAGGCCUCCCUCGGGGGUCGUGCCCACCCACCCCACCCCCCUGGGGGGAAAUCCCCUCCCCCCUCCCCCACCCCCCCCAGGGAAGAAUCACUGCUGUGGAAGCCCAUCCUGACUCCUGGGCCGCACUCAUCCUUGGGCCCCUAGCCUUCCAUUGACACAUUUUCCUCAAAGGUCCCAGCAUCGGCACCAUUCCCACAAUGUCCGGACACUGUCCUCUUGCACACACCCCAUUCCUGUCCAGAUGCCAGUCUGAAGAGACACUCUUAUUGUUCCUCACGCCACGACCACAAUCCUAAUGCACGCACACACAUGAGCUACUCGUUCCUCCCUGACUUUAUGACUCUC